CUUCCCUUAUCAAAGAUGGCCGACACGGGGCCGCUCUAGGCCGCGACGCGCUUCUCUCGGUGGUGCGCGCGGGAACUGCGCUGCUGCGCGGGACGAGCGGCUGCCUGCGCCAGCGCCGGGAAAGCAGGAGUACUUUUUUAGGCCCUCUGCUGGGACAUUUGGGGAAAACCUAAGAGCUGAUAAUUUCACAGGACUAUGAGAAGAACCCUAGUAAUUUAUGUACAUUUGAUCCUCCCAACUCUGUGAAGAAAGGAGAGAGCAAUGGAACUCGAGAGGAUCAUUCGAGAUACUCUAAUCAGCUUUGCCCAAACUCAUGUUCCAGAUGCUGAUCUCAGUGGUUUGGAUGAAGUUGUCUUCUCCUACAUAACUGGGGUCCUGGAGGACUUGGGUUCUCCAGGGGCAUCAGAUGAGAGCUUUGACAUGGAAGCUUUUGCAGAGAUGAUGGAUGCCUACGUGCCUGGCUUUGCCAAGAUCCCUAGUGGGACAGUUUGUGAAAUGAUGUUCGACCUCUCAGGCCGCCUGAGUGAUGCAAGGAACAAGGAAAAUAUGUGUCCCAAGAGCCAGGAGGAUAAUGUUCCUACUUCUCCAGAACAUCUCCAGAGCCUGGAGGAAGGCACCCAAGAAAUAAGAAAGUCUCAGGCACAUACCUCUCCCCCAGUCCUGGGAAAAGGCACAAAGGCUGAGGAGGUGUGUGAAACCGAUGAGCUACAGGCUGGGAUACAACUGCUACUGGAAAUGUUCCCAUCCUGCACAGUGGGGAGGGCAGAGCGAGCACUGGCCAUGGCUCGGGGGGACCUGGAAGAGGCUGUUCACAUCAUGGUAGAGGAGAAAGCAGAGCCCCAAGCCUUUGGCAGCAACUCAAAGGACACGUCAAGGUUACAGGGAGUUCCCAAGAAGGAAGAAGUGAAAUCCUUCAUUCUACAAAAGUAUAUGAUGGUGGACAGCGAAGAAGAUCAGAAAACUCAUCGGCCUGUGGCCCCAAAGGAGGCUCCUAAGAAGCUGAUCCGAUACAUUGACAAUCAGGUGGUGAGUACCAAGGGUGAACGUUACAAGGACAUUCGGAAGCCAGAACCGGAAGGGAUGAAGUCCACUUACAUCAGCCUCAAACCAGCCCGGAAGUACAAGUUCCACUGAAUAUCCCCACUGUGGGGAAGUUGAGGACUGUGGGCCAGGGGAGUCUAAAGGAGUUGGGGAUAAUGGUCCAACAAGUCAAAAUAAGACAGCUGGUUUAGUUCUGUCACCAAGGUCUUGGCUAGGGGUUUAUGAAGCUUGUUCUUCCCAAGCCAAGCUUAGUUUCAAAGUCUCUCCUAAAACUCCUUCAUUUAAGUAAAGUGGCAGGAGCGAAGCA